UAAGAGAAGCUUGCGAGCAGGUAGACGGCGACGAUUACCAAACGAGGGAGAGAUGGAGAGGGAGAGCUUCGCCAGAAGGUUGACGAGGCCGUGCGCCGGCGGCGGCGAGGUCGCCCGUUUGCUGCUUCCGGCGGCGGUGCUUGUCCUGAUCUGGGUCGGGACGUACCUGCGGCUGGCUUCGCCGGAGACGCGUAGCGGAGGUGCAGCGUUCGGAUCAUCAGGUCCAAAAAAUUAUACGUCGUCUUCCUCCGCCGACCGGCUUCUCGGUGGCCUCCUCUCCCCCGACUUCGAAGCAAGCACCUGCCUCAGUCGAUACCAGGCGGCAAUCUACAGGAAUCGGUCGCCGUACUCUCCUUCCUCUUACCUCCUCCGCCGCUUGCGCGAGUACGAGGCUCUCCACCGCAAGUGCGCCCCCCACACCGCGCUCUACGACCGCUCCGCCGCCGUGCUCCGCUCAGCCGGCGGCAAUGCCUCCGCCGCCUCCGAGUGUCAGUACGUCGUCUGGAUCCCCCACAACGGCAUCGGGAACAGAGUCCUCACCAUCGUCUCCGCCUUCCUCUACGCCCUGCUCAACAAUAAGGUGCUCCUCCUCCACAUCCCAGACGACUUCACUGGCCUCCUCUGCGAGCCCUUCCCCGGCGCAACGUGGGCCCUCCCGGCCGACUUCCCCAUCAGAGACCUCUUCAGAUUUGACACCAAAGCGCCGGAAAGCUUCGGAAACCUGCUAGAGUCGAAGGACGCCUCGAUUGAUUCUCGAUCUUACGUCUACCUCCAUCUUCCGUGGUACUACGGCGACUGGGACAAGCGGUUCUUCUGCGAGGACUCGCAGCGAACGCUGCGGAAGGUGCCGUGGUUGCUGCUGAAGUCGGACCACUACUUCGUGCCGUCUCUGUUUCUCGUCCCUGAGUACGCCGACGAGCUCCGCGAGCUGUUCCCGGAGCGGUCCGCAGUAUUCCACCACCUCGUCCGGUACCUUAUCCACCCGAGCAACGAGGUAUGGGGCCGCGUCACCAGGUACUACAGAGCUUAUUUGGAAAAAGCCGACGAGAGAGUCGGCGUCCAAAUCAGGGUCUUCGACAACUUCUGGGUCCCUUUCGAGAAGAUGCUGGAGCAGAUCAUGAGCUGCUUGCUGGGCGAGAGACUGCUGCCGAAGGUCUCUGAGAAUGCCGUUGCUGCGACAUCCAUCGACACGAAAGUGAAGGCGGUGCUGGUGACGUACUUGAAACCGGACUACUCGGAGAAGAUCAGGGAUAUGUACUACCGGCGGGCGACGACGACGGGGGAGGUCGUCGGGGUAUUCCAGCCGAGCCACGAGGGGUCGCAGCGGACGGAUCAUCGGGACCACAACGUGAAGGCGCUGGCGGAGAUCGAGCUGCUCAGCCUCAGCGACGCGCUGGUGACGACGGCGUGGUCGACCUUCGGGUACGUGGCGCAGGGGCUCGGGGGACUGAGGCCGUGGAUCCUGCUUCGGCACACGCAGUCGCCUGACGCGUGUCGGCAGGCGGCGUCGCCUGAGCCAUGCUACCUCAUGCCUCCGCGGCCGGAGCAGUGUUUCGGAGGCGGCGGCGGGCAUGCCAUUUUGAGGAAUGUGAGGCAAUGCGAAGACGAAGGCGGCGGCAUCAAGCUAUUCGAUUAGUUAGUUAUUUUCAGUUGAAGGCAAACUGUGUGCAUUCCAAUUUGAUAAAUGUUGCUCAUGGUAAUUUGUAGGGAUGUAAACGAGUUGAACCGAGCCGAAUAGUAUUAGGUUCGAGCUCGACUCGUUUAAGUUAUAUUUGGACUAAAGCUCGGCUCGAGUCUUGUAAUGAAAGUUUGAUUCGAGCUCGAAUCAAACUUUUAUUACAAAACUCGAGCUCGGCUCAUUUUGGAAUUAUCAAGCUCGCGAACAGUUCGAGCUCGGCUCGUAAACAUAAUUCGUUAAGCAAGCUUGGGUUCGUUUUCGGACUUAUUUUAGAGCUCA